AUGCAAAGAGAUCGCACCAAUGGCAAACUGGAUGAGAAGAAUGAGACGGACGACGAUGGGGACGAGGGAAAUGACCCGAAUCUGGUUGAUUGGGACGGUGAGGAUGACCCAGGAAACCCAAUGAACUUUCCCGCCUGGAAGAAGUGGAUGAUCACCAUUGUUGCUGGCUUAAUGACUUUCUCCGUCACCUUUGCUUCGUCCGUCUUUAGCACGGCUACCACUGUUACCUCCCAGGUCUUCGGCGUGAGUAGUGAGGUUAUGAUUCUCGGAACCUCUCUGUUCGUUCUUGGCUUCGCAUUUGGUCCCAUUGUCUGGAGUCCAUUCUCGGAGCUCUACGGUCGCAAGCUGCCCCUGUUCAUAGGCUUCUUCACAUUCGCGAUCUUCCAGAUCCCUGUCGCGGUUGCCCAGAACCUCCAAACGAUUUUCAUUUGCAGAUUUCUCGGUGGAUUUGCAGCAUCCGCACCCUUGGGGAUUAUAGGAGGUCUGCUUGCAGAUAUCUUUGGACCAGUCGACAGAGGUAUUGCGGUUGCUGUCUUCGCAUCCGCAACCUUCAUUGGUCCUGUAGCCGGACCAAUUGUGGGCGGUUUCAUUGUUAUGAGUCAUCUCGGCUGGCGAUGGACUGCUUGGAUCACCCUGAUAAUGGCCAUGUUCUUCGGAAUCAUUGGUUUCAUCGUCAUUCCUGAGACACUUGCUCCUGUCUUGCUCUCACGUAGGGCCAAGAAGAUUCGCUUUGCUACAAAGAACUGGGCAGUUCAUGCCAAGGCUGAUGAGAACGAGGUCAGCAUGAAGGAUCUGGCCAACCGCUAUCUGUUGAAGCCAUUCCAAAUGCUUGCCAUGGAGCCUAUCCUGAUCCUUGUCACCCUCUACAUGGGAUUCAUCUACGGAUUCCUCUACCUGUGCUUUGAAGCCUACCCAAUUGCUUUCCAACAGGAGCGUGGCUGGAACGCUGGUGUUGGAGCUCUGCCCUUUGCCGCCAUCAUCGUCGGCGUUGCCUUCGGUUCCUGCUUCAUUGCCUACUUCACCAAGACCAGAUUUGCCAGGAAGAUGGAGGAAAAUGGUGAUGUUGUGCCAGAAGAACGCAUGAUCCCGAUGAUUGUCGGUGGUGCGCUGUUACCAAUUGGCAUGUUCUGGUUUGCGUGGACGUCGAACCCGGGCAUUAUCUGGGUGCCCCAGGUGAUAUCAGGCGCAUUCAUUGGAGGCGGUGUACUGCUCGUCUUUUUGCAAGGCUUGAACUACAUUAUUGACGUGUACAAGGUGAAUGCCAACUCGGCAAUCGCUGCGAAUACAUUCUUCAGAUCCUGGCUUGGAGCCGGAUUUCCCAUGUUCGCCAACUACAUGUUCCAGAGACUUGGUGUUCCUUGGGCCAUGUCCCUUCUCGGAUUCCUCACAUUGGCCCUGUUCCCAGUCCCAAUUGUCUUCUUCCUCUACGGUGAGAAGAUUCGUAAGCUGAGCAAGUUCACCGCAUAG